ACGUUUUCCCACCGCCUGUGUCGUUUCACAACGGUGACAUUAAUAUCAACCGUACCGCGAACCUUACCCCCACGCUUCUCCUUCUUCUUCUCUGCAACAGGAGGAGACCAGAUUAGGGUUCUUCCCAACCUAGCUUCAUCUCCGGCUCAUCUCCCCAGAUUCCAUUACUUUUUUUAAAGAAGAUGGCUAGGCCUUUAUUCAAAUCAUCUGUCCUUCCUGAUGCUGUGUCUGGAAGUGUUCCUUUAUUUCAAGGUUCUGGGAAAGCUAGGAAGCCUGCAAACAUGAUGUGCAGUAGAAGAUCAUCACAGCUUCGAUUCUUAGGCUUCACAGGCUUGAAAGGUUCAAAUGAUUUGCAUUUAAUGUCUGGACCUAGCAAAGAUUUCAGAUUAGCUGUGUCUGCUUCAGUCUCUGCACCAAAGGGAAAAGCUUCUCGUGGAGUUGCUGUAGCUAUGUUUGAACGGUUCACAGAGAAGGCUAUUAAAGUUAUUAUGCUUGCACAAGAAGAAGCAAGACGACUUGGCCACAAUUUUGUUGGAACAGAACAGAUAUUGUUGGGUCUUAUUGGUGAAGGGACAGGUAUAGCUGCUAAAGUUUUAAAAUCCAUGGGCAUAAAUCUUAAAGAUGCUCGUAUCGAGGUUGAAAAAAUCAUUGGAAGAGGCAGUGGGUUUGUUGCUGUAGAAAUACCAUUCACACCUCGUGCAAAGCGUGUUUUGGAGCUCUCUCUUGAGGAAGCUCGUCAACUAGGUCAUAACUAUAUAGGAUCUGAGCACUUGCUUCUUGGAUUGCUUCGUGAGGGUGAAGGUGUGGCAGCUCGUGUACUUGAGAACCUUGGAGCUGACACUAGCAACAUCCGGACACAGGUUAUUCGAAUGGUUGGUGAAAGCACAGAAGCUGUUGGUGCUGGAGUUGGAGGAGGAAGCAGUGGCAAUAAGAUGCCUACACUUGAUGAAUAUGGAACUAAUCUAACAAAGUUGGCUGAGGAGGGAAAGCUAGAUCCUGUUGUUGGUAGGCAGCAGCAAAUAGAACGUGUGGUCCAGAUUUUAGGAAGGAGGACAAAGAACAAUCCUUGCCUGAUCGGUGAGCCUGGUGUUGGGAAGACAGCAAUUGCAGAAGGUCUUGCUCAAAGAAUAGCUACUGGUGAUGUGCCAGAAACAAUUGAAGGAAAGAAGGUCAUUACACUUGAUAUGGGACUCCUUGUUGCUGGAACCAAGUAUCGUGGAGAAUUUGAAGAAAGAAUAAAGAAACUGAUGGAAGAAAUUAAACAAAGUGAUGAGAUAAUACUCUUCAUUGAUGAGGUACACACUUUGAUUGGAGCAGGGGCAGCAGAGGGUGCAAUUGAUGCUGCUAAUAUCCUAAAACCAGCUCUUGCAAGAGGUGAACUGCAGUGUAUUGGAGCCACAACUCUGGACGAGUACAGGAAGCACAUCGAGAAAGAUCCAGCUCUGGAAAGACGGUUUCAGCCAGUUAAAGUGCCAGAACCCACUGUUGACGAAACUAUAGAGAUUCUGAGAGGGCUUCGUGAGCGAUACGAGAUUCACCACAAACUCCGUUACACUGAUGAGGCACUCAUUGCUGCUGCACAUUUGUCUUACCAAUACAUAAGUGACCGUUUUCUCCCCGACAAAGCAAUUGACUUAGUUGAUGAAGCUGGUUCCCGUGUUAGGCUUCGCCAUGCACAGCUUCCUGAAGAUGCCAGAGAGCUUGAUAAAGAGCUCAGACGGAUAACCAAGGAAAAAAAUGAAGCUGUCCGCGGUCAAGAUUUUGAAAAGGCAGGAGAACUGAGAGAUCGGGAAAUGGAGCUCAAGGCUCAGAUCUCGGCACUUGUUGACAAAGGCAAAGAGAGAAGCCAGGCAGAAAGUGAGGCUGGAGAGGGGGGCCCAGUUGUUACGGAAGCAGACAUUCAGCAUAUUGUCUCUUCAUGGACAGGAAUCCCAGUUGAAAAAGUCUCAAGUGAUGAAUCUGAUCGUCUCCUAAAGAUGGAGGAGACUCUUCACAAGCGUGUCAUUGGCCAGGAUGAGGCCGUCAAAGCUAUAAGCCGCGCUAUUCGCCGAGCACGUGUUGGCCUUAAGAACCCCAACCGACCCAUAGCCAGCUUCAUAUUUUCUGGUCCUACAGGUGUUGGUAAAUCAGAGCUUGCAAAAGCUCUGGCAGCCUACUAUUUUGGCUCUGAGGAAGCCAUGAUCCGGCUUGACAUGAGUGAAUUCAUGGAGAGACAUACAGUUUCCAAACUCAUUGGAUCACCUCCUGGCUAUGUUGGCUACACUGAAGGUGGCCAGCUUACUGAAGCUGUUCGACGUAGACCCUACACGGUUGUCCUCUAUGAUGAAAUAGAGAAGGCUCACCCAGAUGUUUUCAACAUGAUGCUUCAGAUCUUGGAAGAUGGAAGGCUGACUGAUAGCAAGGGUCGAACAGUCGAUUUCAAGAACACCCUUCUUAUCAUGACAUCUAAUGUGGGAAGCAGUGUGAUCGAAAAAGGAGGUCGGAGAAUUGGUUUUGAUUUGGACUAUGAUGAGAAAGACAGCAGCUACAACAGAAUCAAGAGCCUCGUCACUGAGGAGCUGAAGCAGUAUUUUAGACCUGAGUUCCUCAACCGACUAGAUGAGAUGAUAGUCUUCCGUCAACUGACAAAGUUAGAGGUGAGAGAGAUUGCAGAUAUUAUGCUGAAGGAGGUGUUUGAGAGGGUCAAAGCGAAGGACAUAGAACUUCAGGUCACUGAGAGAUUCCGAGACAGGGUUGUGGAGGAAGGUUACAGCCCGAGUUACGGAGCAAGGCCAUUGCGAAGGGCCAUCAUGAGGCUGUUGGAAGACAGCAUGGCAGAGAAGAUGCUGGCAGGCGAGAUAAAGGAGGGAGAUUCAGCAAUCGUAGAUGUCGAUGCUGAUGGCAACGUUACAGUUCUAAAUGGACGGACUGGUUUGCCAGAGCAAUUGCCCCCAGCUAUUCCUGUGUGAAGAACACCAUGAAGGUUCCUAGAAAUCAUAUGUUGUAGUAGUUGUCUAAAUGCUUUUCACUCUACUGUUGCUAUACUUAAACAGGUAUUGCUUGCAAAGGCUGAAGGGAUGUGAAUUAUAUGUCUGUUGUAAAUGUGGCCAGAAGCAAUACUACGCUUCCAUGGAAAGGAAAAAUAGAUAGCAGUGUAAAUUGUUAGUCACACAUUUCAUACUUUUUUCUACUCAUCUAUAGGGUUGUAAGAUGAGGAAACAACGUAUUGUUGAUUACCUGAUGUAAGGGUUUAAUAGCUAAAUUGAAAAUGGAGACUCAAACGUCAGUGAUAA